AUCAUUCAAAAAGAACUGAGAAGAAAAAAGAUAAAACCACUAAUGGGUAGAUGGGUAAAACAAAACGCAAACAAACGAUCCCAAAAUUUUCCACUCUUUAAUCAAUCUUUUUUUCAACCUUUACUUGAAACUUUUUCAGUGCUUCAACGCUUAGCUGAGGUGAUUCGUGCUGGAGAAGUGAUGGGUGUAUCUGCAGAUGAAAUUCUGGCUCACCUGAAAAUUCGUAACGGAGUAGCUAAAGAAUGA